CUGUACCCACGGACGUCGCGGAUUUUUGGAUCAACGUGUGCUGGAUACUAAUUUUGCCUCAGAUUACUGUGUUAGCAGCGUUUUAUCUGUGUGAAUUGUGCACCAUUAUUCUUCUUUUGGCGUAUUUUCCAAGCAGUGCAAAUUUGGCGGCUAUUCUUCGGCUAAUUCCGGAGAUCUCAUUGAUUUGCCAUACUGCCAUCUCUGUCCGCCAUCUUGAAUUUGCUCUAGCUUGUGAUGCCGUCUCAAGCUACUUGUGGUUCGUGUUCGAAAGUUGUGGGAAAUAAGGCUCAUGAACUUCGAUGCUUCGGCUGUGAUGUUUUGUUCCACAUUUCAUGCAUUGGCUUAUCCGUUGACGUGUUUCGAAAAUCGCUCGACAUCCGACAUCGGUUUUUUCAAGUUAUGUGUGAUAAAUGUCGCGGUACAAGACAUCAGAAUACGCAGCGACCGCAAACAACUACGGGAAAAUCUCUCUUUCAGAUAGAAACAAACCGUUCACCACGUGGGAUCAAACGCCCUCGUGAAAGUACCUCUGUCUCCUCGCCUUCUAUUGUCACUCCGCGAUCUGCACCACCACCAGCGUCUUCGACCCCGGCCGAACCCCAGGUUCAAUGUUUCCCACCGAUGGAAGACUCAGACUCAGAAGCUACGAAAUGCCGCUUCACUGAUCGGUCCGUGAAUUUCUCAGAGCCUGUCUGUGAACUUCUGAACACCGAGGAUCCAUGGACCACUCAAAAGCGCAAGGGCCCACGUAAUCGAGUUCAGACGUCACCUGCUGAUAAACAACAACCCAAUCAGUUAAGCGCCUCUAGUUCUGCUCCCACAGGUUCAUCACUGAUUUCGCUGAGGCGUCAUAAUCUCAUGGUCUUCCACGUACCGGAGUCAAAAGAUGAAAACCCUCAGAUACGUUAUGAUCACGAUGUUGAGUUCCUCCAGGGGCUCAUCGAUAGACUCUUGGAUGUGGGCGAGGACAGUGUGACGAUUAAACGAGUAAUCCGACUUGGCCAGAAAACUAACCAGUCAUGUCGACCUCUGAGGAUCACCUUUGCAAAUCCUAAUAUGCCGCAGCUCAUACUGUCUCGUCUGUCAAGGCUGAAAGGCAUAAAAGUUCACAUCCGCCGAGACUUGGAACCCGAAGACAGGGAUCGUUUGAAGACUGCGGUCAUUGAGCUCAAACGCCGUACAGAGGAAGGUGAGACUAACUUACAAAUUGUAAAUUUUCGGGUGAUCAAGAAGGGUGUACGAACCCGUAUCAACCGAUUGCUUAACCUCCAGGCACGUCCCGCAGUACCUCCCAGGACCUCCGUGUGGCAUUCGCCAACGUGUGCAGCCUAAUGAACAAACGUGACGAACUGUGCCGCUUCGCUGUCUCGGAGCGGCCGGAUAUUUUAGGACUUGCAGAGACAUGGCUGAACUCCGACGUCAUACCCCAAGAAGUCGUGUUGUCAGGAUACUCUUGUUUCCGAUGCGACCGAAAAUCAAAGGCCCACGGUGGUGUUCUGUUGUACAUAAAAUCGUCACUAUCUGGCAAACUUAUCAGUACCUAUCGGAGCGAGGAUAGUUUAUGCGAGCAAUUGUGGUGCACAAUCCGCCUCAGGCGCGCAGAACUAAUAGUGGGGGUUAUCUACCGGAGCCCAUUAAACCGUUGCUGCGAUUGGAUACCACAUGUACAGAAGCACAUGAGCCGCCCUCAGUUCUUACUGAUGGGGGAUCUAAAUUUACCUAAGAUAAUUUGGCCAGAUGUUCGACUUCUUCCCAGUCAUGGCAAUGUUGAGGCUCAAUUCGCUAAAAUGACUAUUGAAAUCGGGGCAACGCAACAUGUCAUCCAACCGACGCGCGUAACUCCGUACUCGGCAUCUUGUCUGGACCUAAUGUUUACGAGCUGCGAGCAGAAGCUAAAAGAGAUCAGAGUCAUCGAACCUCUGGCGAACAGUGACCACUGCUCUAUUGUAGCAAGCUUAGAACUGUCGUUACCAUAUUACAAUCAACAGAAGCCGACAUUCAACUAUUGGAAGACGGACUUCAACGGACUCGUCCAAGCCGCAAGUCAGACUGAUUGGACACUACCACAUGAUGCGUCACUUGAGGCCUGGUGGUCAUUAAUAAAGGGGAAGCUUAACUCGCUCUGUACUCGGUUCGUUCCCCUUAAGUAUCCAAAAAUCGGACCUGUCAAACCGCAUUGGUUUGAUAGGGAAUACAGACAGUUAGCGCGACGACGUCGUAAACUUUGGGAUAGAUACAUCAGCUCGGGUUGUGAUGAAGAUUACACGGUGUACAAGAAACAGCGUAACUUAUGUAACGCCGCAAAGAUCAAGAAACGCCGGCAGUUCGAAGAGGAGCUAGCAUCCUCGGCCACAACUGCACCCAAGCGAAUAUUUGCCUACUUGAAACGUCAACUGAAACCUGGGGACGACCUACCGGUCUUAGAGAGCUUAGACGGGAAGACACUCAUUUCAAGCGCGGAGCGCGCGGACGCCCUGGCUACGCACUUCCUCACUGUAUUUUCCAGUAAACCGGCGGCGGUUUCAGUACCGGCACAGGUUGCGCAAGUCUUGCUCGACAGCCUACAAUGUGAUGCAGUCGAAGUGUACCAGCUACUCGUCAACCUCGAUGGUGCAAAGCCCCCCGGACCAGACGGACUUCACCCACUAAUACUCAAGUCCCUAUCGAUUAUCAUCUCACCAGCUGUGACAAACCUUUUCAAUAGAUCGCUCUCUGAAGGAUCCGUCCCGAACGACUGGAAAUGCUCGAUAGUUAAACCGCUUCCCAAGGGUGGUGAUCCGAGUAAAAUAGAGAACUAUAGACCGAUCUGUUUGACUUCGGUAUUAUCCAAAGUUCUCGAGAAGGUUGUGAAAAAGUGUCUGCUGUCGUUCUUCGAAUCGAUGGACGUAUUGACGCCAGCGCAACACGGCUUUACGAAAGGGCGAUCCUGCAUCACCAACUUGAUGUACGCAAACCACCAGUGGGUUCGAGCUCUCAAUGAACAGAAGGAUGUUGACGUGGUCUACAUCGACUUUAGUAAGGCGUUUGACAGAGUGAACCACGAGGUACUCCUUCGUAAACUGAGGACAUACGGAAUCGGUGGCACGUUACUUCAGUGGAUACAAGAGUUUAUUGUGGGACGAAGGUUUAGAGUACAGGUCAAUGACUAUCUGACAGAAUGGUUCCCAUCGACCAGUGGCGUGCCUCAAGGAACUGUACUUGGGCCAGUAUUAUUUCUCAUUCAUAUCAACGAUCUUCCGCAGCAGCUCCAGUCACCAUGUGCCCUGUUUGCAGAUGAUUUGAAAAUCUGGAGGAUCAUUGAAAACCAGGACGACUGCGCUCGCCUCCAGCAUGACUUAGAGCGACUGUCAACGUGGUCCACUGAAAUGCAACUCCCUCUUAACGCAAGCAAGUCGGAGUUCAUCAGUAUCACCAGACGUCCAGCCACUCGAUCAUACACCUUGGACGGCCAGUUGCUCCAUCCCAACACAUCUGUCAGAGACUUAGGAGUUCUCUCACGACAUGAUUUAAGAUCACUAGAAAAUACAGAGAAAUUGUACCGUGCGGGACUUCGUAUGCUCUGGGCAUUAAGACGCAGUUUCUCCACAUGGUCCGAAGAAACCGUCCCUCGUCUAUUCACCUCGCUCAUUAGACCAAUCCUUGAAUACGGUGCCCCAGCUUACCAUCCGAUAACCCAAUGAGAAACUGAAAAGCUGGAGAAAAUACAGCAUAUCGCAACUAGAAUGAUACCAAGUCUACGAAAGCUUCCGUAUGAAAAACGUUGCGAAAGGCUCGGACUCUACACACUAUCCUAUCGCCGAGUAAGAAUUGAUCUUAUUAUGACCCAUCGAGUACUACACUUGAGCCACUUCCCCAUACUGCGGCCAAUAUUUCACCUGCGAGAACCAUGUAACACCCGAGGACAUCGUUACAAACUCAGGGUCCCCAGCAUGAACAAAGUAUCACAUCAGCUUUGUAUCGAACGAAGAAUCGUAAACUUAUGGAAUACACUACCUGAAGGAUUAAUAGAGGCCGAUUCUGUGAAGUGUUUUAAAACCCGUAUCGACGAUUAUUUUGGAAACCUGUGCUUUUGUGAAACGAUGCACAUACAGUGCCAAAAGAAGACAUUGUAUGUCCGGAAAUAAUAACGCUAGUACAAAUUUCUAACCGAACACGGAUAAACGAUUAACGGACCAGACACAACUGCUGAUAAUUCACAAGUAAAUUUUGAUUUUUCGUAAUUCGAUAGAGUUGUACAGAAACCUUUCUACUUGCUCUUAACUACAGUCUCAGUCUCAGU